UCUGAGCCACCUGCAACCUCCUUCAAUCAUGAACAAGAUCAUCGUCUAUGAACAUGCUAACUUCCGUGGCAACAGCAGAGAGUUCACCUCUGAUGUCCGUAAUUUAGUUGAGCAGAACUUUAAUGACUGCAUCUCCUCGCUGAAGGUCAUCGGGAAUCCAUGGGUGGCGUACACAGAUAAAAAUUUCAGUGGUGAACCAACCGUCUACGAGGAAGGAGAAUAUAGUAGCUUGCGCUACAAUGAUGCUAUUUCUUCACUUGAGCUGGUGACAGACGACCUGGAUAAUCCUCAGAUUACACUGUAUGAACAAAGUAACCACCAAGGCCGGAGCCUCGUUCUCAACUGUGAGACCAGCUUGCUUUAUGGCACUUUUAAUGAUAAAGCAUCCUCUCACAAGGUGCAAAGGGGAGCCUGGGUUCUGUAUCAGCAUAAGAACAAGGGAGGAUCUUGCAUGGUAGCCAGAGCUGGUCGUGAUCUGGCUAACUACGGUUGGUUCAAUGACCGUGUGACCCACAUCCGUCCUCUUAAAGCGGGCAGACCCACCAUUAAAGCUGAAGUUGAAUGGGACAAGAAGAAAGAACAUGUGAAAACAGUUAACCUUGACUCUAUCACUGGUGUGAAUUAUGGAUCAGAGAAACAAACUGUGACCACUGAGAUGACUCGAGAGUAUUCAGGAUCCGUCACUGAGAGCUUCAACUUUAGCAAUUCCACACAGAUUAGUGUGGGAACCAAAUUUGAAAUUGCACUAUUUGGUGCAGAAACAGAGAACACCAUAAAUAUCAGUAACACCUUUACCGUGGAGAAGGGUCACAGCGAAAUUAAAACCACAACUAACAGUGUUAAAGUCUCUUUGCCAGCCAGCAUUCCUCCUCACACCAAGCUCACGGUGAACAUGGUGAGGAAGCAGGUGUCUGUUACGGUUCCAGUCAAGCUGACCGUCACCAAAGGCUUUACCUCCAAGGUUGAGUAUGGAGAGUACAGGUGUGAGGAUGGGAAUUCUAUUUUCACUGAAUUCAAGGAGGAGAAGAUCUAGUACAGCUAUGUGAGGAACAAAACACAUAUAAAAAUGAAUAGACAGCUUUUAAAUCAUCAGAAAUGAGAAACUAAAGUUGCUGUGGUAUUAGACUAACCUUAGAUAGCCACUGUCCAUGUUACAACAGGACAGUCUUUUAAUCUCAUGCAAGUUUAACUUUGCAAUUUUUUUUUUAUUA